AUGGAUUCCAGCCCCAGCAUUCAGUUCAAGAAUGAGCCCAUUAGCAAUACUCAGGAUAAAGGCAGCCAAGACCAUCCCAUCCAUGGGAAGAGGGCCAACGAGAAUGCCGUCCGCGACAACGACGAUCGCAUCUUCACUAGCAGCGCCUUGACGGGAACCCCUUUCCAUCUGGCAUCAAUCGAAGAACUCUCCACACAAAGUACCCUUCUUGCAUCGGAUAAAUUACAUACAGAUCGCCCGCUCUUUGAUAAAUCAGAAGUCUUCUAUGAAGUGACAGGGGAAGACCGCCAUAUCGCUCAGCCCAGACUCGAUGCAAAGCUUCAUGGUCGCUUCUUCAAAGUCAACGACAAAUGGACUGCGUACCGCCACGACUACUUCGCAGUUGGGUUUACUGUUUCCUUUCCCCAGGACAUCCAAAAGGGUCUGUAUGUACAACACGGAGGAGAAGAACUCCAGCGAAUACACGGCUUUUCCGUGAAGGUUUCGGCGAGUGUCCACGGCAAGGAUGGUGAAAGCCGUAGAUUGAUACAACACGGACCUAAAAGAGUUCGGAACAGUGCCGAAGCACCAGAAGAGAUCUUCUGGUUUCCACACACCAUUAGUACAACCGGUGAAGAGGCAGCGAGCCGAUCCGAAGAAUCCAAUAUCCCCCGCAAUGUCGAGUUACCCGAGAACAAUGCAGGAGAUAGCAGGCUUUUUUCUCAUACUUUCGAGAGGAUACAGUUUGAAAGGGCUACGUUAAACAAUGGCAAAAAAGAGUCACGGCAGCAAUACUUCAAUAUCGUGAUUGAGCUUAAUGCGCAGACCUCGGGAGGGGAGAAUAGUCAAGGCUUGCACUGGCUGAGGAUCGCCCGAAUAACCUCAGAGCCAAUCAUCGUACGUGGCCGAUCGCCAGGUCAUUAUAAGGAUGGAAGGAGAGAUAAUCAUGAUUCCAUUCGUCAUGGUGGCGAUGACAUGGGCCUAGAUAAUCUCACGGCAUUACCUAUGAUUUCCUCAUUCGGUGAGUGA